AUGGCAGAUUAUAUGCUGGCAUGUUCCGCAAGCAAACAGGAAGACCGCGAAGUGCACAUGAUGAGCCCCGUCUCUAGCAUCAAAGCACUUCGCUGGGUUGCCAAGACCCUGCAAUGGCAAGCACUUUCAGAGGCGAUGUCGUCUCCAGUCAUCUCAGCAUACGGCAGGCAAUCGCGCGAAUACGAUCGCAAAGAAGCGACUCCCAUACCCAUGGCAUUGCUCGCAUGCUGGGAACGCACUAUUUGCUCCGCAGAGGCACCCCUCACCACUAAGCUGUUCCUGGGCGCCGUCCUGCUCUGCACGCACGCAAGCCUUCGCUUCGGCGAUGCACAGAGGAUAGAAUGGACUACACUGCAACUAAGUGCGCAAGGAUUGCACGGCACUGCAUAUGCAACCAAAACCACGAAAUGUGGUCAGCCGUUCGCGUGUACUUGGCACGGCAUCACAGGCAGAUGUACGCAAUCUUCAUGGUUGCUGCAAUGGCUAUCCUGCCUCGUGGAGGUAGGCACAGAAGCCGACCUUGAGCCAGAUUUUCUCUUCUUUCAUGCAGAUCUAGAUUCGCACAAGCACCCACAAGUUUUCCCUUGCAGCUACGCACACGCACUGCUGUGCCUCAGAUUCAUGGCACAAAAAGCUGGACUGGCAGAGUCAGAGGCAUUCGCACUGACAUUGCACAGCAUGAAAUCCACCAUGCUGGCGGCCGCCGCGCAAAUCCAGUUCGAUGAGCAUGCACGCCUCGCACAGGGACACCAUCGGGACAGCCUCCGCCUCUACAGCCGCAACGACACUCUGGAAGCCCUCCGACUCCAACGUGAAUUGAGCACGCAAUUGGCUCGAGGAUGGAGACCGCAACGCAGUAUGGCCAGAGGAGGCGCAGCCCCCGUACCCGAACCACCCUUCAGCACGCCACCGCAGCCCCCGCAGCAACUGCUCGACUACGAACAGCUGCAAGCAGGGACGUGGGCAGUUUUCACAUCUCGACAUGAAAGCCUGCACCGCAACACCGAACCCCAGUCGCCCGAACCGGACGAACAGCAGAGCACACGCCCAUACACCGACUCGGAAGCAGAGUUGGUGGAGAAAUACGCGCGGGAACGCACGCAAAGCUCAGAGGAGGAAUCUGAGGAGCCCACCGCCCCUGCACCGGAUGAAGAGCUUUUCGUGUGCUCGGGGCCCUGGAACGCACUGCACAGCCCCACGCGAAGUUCGCAUCUAGAAUAUGAGCUCCUUUAUGGAUCGAAUCCGCUGCAUGCAGAUGUGCUCAUAGCAGCCUGUGGUGCCGACCUGGGCUCCAUGCCUGUGGUCAUUAAGACCCAUGUGACGACUACGCCGGGAGGCCCGAAGAGGGAGGAAGAGCUGCAGCUUGUCUCCUGCAUGGCAACGCAAUCCGGGGCAGACGUACCCGGAGCAUAUGUUGCAUCGCAGAUUUUGCCUACGCUUAUAACAGCACCGCCGACCUCGAUAACUUUGCGCGUCCAAGGACGAGGAGUUUUGGACGGCACUGCAAGUGACAGAGCAGCCCCUGCACAGCAUGCCCAUGGCACGCCUGCGCCGCGCGCACUGGUGCAAGCACAAAUCCGAGUCAAGGCAUACGAGGCAGAGAGGCAUCGCACAGAAGAGCCUGCGCCGCAGAGCUCUGCACCUUCUUCCAGCACCGCACCGCCCACCGACUCCUGGGUGGAGCACGCACCGCAACGCCUGGACAACGACACCGUGGCAAAGCUCACUGCAGAGUUCAAAGAAGCCUAUCCGGGAGAGCUCCUGGAUAGCGCAAGCACGCCCAGCAUUCGCCUGCUCAGCAUGGUAUACGCGUGGUUUAAAGACCCUGCACAGCCUCGCAUCAAGUACAUCCCUUGGCCAUUCCGCAUGUCGCAACGCCAAUACACCGAGAUCAUUGAGGCCAAGGCGCACCGCAUUGUCCGCACUGAGGCGCAGCUCAUCAGCACUGCACUGUUCGAUGACACGCCGACGCUCAGCAUUGCAGAGGUCAACAUUAACGAAUC